AUGACUGACGAAUGGAAUGAGAUUGAACGAAGGGGGACCAGCGUUUUACAAGCGAACCCAAAAGGUUCGUUGGUUAGUGAAGUGAGCAGUGUUGGUGACUUACAACCACCGAGUAGUUUCCAGAGUGUUUGGAGCAAACUCAUUGCUGAGGACUUGACAGAAGAAAAGGCUUGUGCAAGUGAGAUAAUUUCAAAGGCAGAAUCCAUAUCACACCACGCUUCAUCAAGCCGUAUUCCACACUGCAUCUGUCGCCGCUCCACAAAACUCGCACUUCGGAAUGCAACACUUGCUGACGAGCGUCUCACCAUCAUCGCACUCACCAAAGUGAAGUAUUCGGAGAGCAAUCCAACUCACUGGGAAAUGCUCGUUUCAAUCUAUAAACAUAUCAUAGACGAUCGUCACAGUAGAGCUGAAAUAAAACGCUACGGAGAUCAUUGGGAAACUAUCGGUUUUCAAGGCGACGAUCCAGCGACGGAUCUCCGCGGCGUUGGUAUUUUCGGUUUGUGUCAGUUGCUCUUUCUCGUUUCAAAUGGCCUUUCCUCACAAAUGACCUCACAACUUCUUCAUUUAUCAAAUGACAAAAUACAGAGUUUCCCUCUGGCGGUUGUUGGACUUACAUGGACGCAAAUCAUUGUGGAACGUUUGAAAAGGGGAAAACUUAAUGAACUGGCCAUAAAAGAGAAUAGUUUUAUAAGCGUUGUGAAUGGCAUUUAUCGAGGUUGCUUCCUGGCGUUUGAUUCUCUUUGGAGGGUAAGACGUUGCACGAUUACGGAUUUUUGCAAGAUUUCCGAAGAGAUUCGUCGGAUGGUGAGACGAAAACCGAAACAUCUGCUCAAUAUGGCAAUCCUCAACAAGGCAUGA